AUGGCCGACUACAUAAAAAGCGGUGUCAGUGCUAUCGGGUCGGUUUGGCCGGUAGGCAAGAGCUUCCUUACCGUAGCUGGAUCGCUACCCGUUCAAAUUCAGGUGGUCUACGCUAUCUAUCAAUCGUACAUCUAUCGAAAAACUACUCCCAAAGGACGACGGUCUGCCCACAGUAGUGUACUCUUGUCUAUCUUAUGGAUUUCAUUUGGCGGCGGAACUAUUGCCAGUAUACUGUUGAAUCAGAUCCCUGCGUGGCUCACAAUCCCCGAAUUCAUUCCAAUCUAUCUGGCGGGAUAUGUCGCAGUGUAUUGGAUUCCUGGGGUUUAUACGACGCUCUUGUCAGUUGCUCCCGUUGUCGAGAUGAUUUUUGACGUCACGGAUGGAUUAAUCAGAGGAUACUAUCUAACCACGACAAUAGAAGCAUUCAAAGCCUCUUCGACAUCCGCUAGCGAGUCGAUCACUGGGCAAAUUCUUAUAGGCGUCAUAGCAAUGACAUUCGGUGGGCUUACUUACAACUGGGCAAUGGUUCCAGGUCGUGCAUUGACGUUGCCUGGAUUUGACGCCAUCAUGCUAACAGCCGGUGCAUGCAUAUAUAUUUUGGGAAGCGACUACAGAAUAUUUGAUGGCAGAGCAGUCUUUGAGGUUUUGGGAGGGCCCAAAAUCAUGACAAAGAGUGAUUUAACGGCUAUUACUGUACUUGUUGUGGUGUUGGGAUUCUUAAACCGGGCACCAGCUGUAUCUGCCAGUGUAGACGAGGGCGGGUUAGAUGAAGCGCUUGAGUCUGUUACUGAAACUGAAAUUGUUGCUAGCAUAGUUUUGGAGGAGGAGGAAGAGGUGGAACCAGAGCAAGAGGAAACUCGCCCAAAACGAGGGUUGAGAAAACGCAAAUAA